AUGAUGAGUCCCCUAACGCUGAUGAAGCGAGCGCAGGUGAUCAACCAGAAGGAUAUGCUCCUUGGCAUCUGCGACGACGUGUCAUGGCACACCAAGUUAAAGGACUCCACCUACAUCUUCGGUGGUGGUUACCCCUUCGACCUCACCAAGGGCGACCUACUUACCAUCUUCACGCAAUCGCAGAGCUUCCUGCAGAUAAUCGAAUGA